UACUUGUUUCACUGUUUCAUUUUAAUGAUAUUAAUUAUUUUAGUAUUUUUCAUUGUACAUACAAUUGUAUCUUUGAUGAUGAUCGUAACAUACUAUGCAAAUCACUUGUGCAUUCUGGGAUAGUGCGGCCUCUACGAAUGUCGGACGUGAAGGGACACGAACAUGAGGCACGUGAGCUUAGUAGCACGUGGAUAACUAGUGAAAGGAACGUCACGUGCGAGUCAAUAAUUAAAUAAAUAAGUAAACGAUCGCUGAUUCGAUUCACGAUAGCAAUGAUGUUCAAAGUUAAGUAUUUCUAUUUAAGAAACUUCAUGAUCCUAAUUAACUCGAUGAUCCUGAGUUAAAAAAAUUGUUUAAUCAUUUAACGUAAAUACAAUAGCAUGUAAUUAAUAUCAUGUAGAAUUUUAUAUAAACUCAAUAAUUUAUAACUUUCAAUAAUUUAUAUAUUUCAGAAUAAACAAAAACGAAAAUUUUGUUGUAGUCCACUCCAAUUUUCAAAGUGGAAAAUUCAGGGGAGGAACGUAGCAUUUUGACUCACGCGUUUAUUAUAUUUUUCCUAUGGAUAUUUCAUGUAUAAGAUCUUAUCCUUUUUCACUGAUGCACGUGAGCAUUGUGCGAAUAACAUAUGCAAGCGUACAAUCUUGUAGUCCUUGACCCUUUUCUUCGCGAUUUUACUUUUACUUAACGCACGUACCCUCGCGUGCAUGGCCUAGUCCCCACUUCCGCAAACUCCUUUCGCUUUUUCCUAACAUCUCGAUGAAUCGAGUUAGAACAACCGUUUCAUAGGAGACCAUGAUUUGCGUCGGAACGAAAGAAGGAAUCUUUGAUUUCAUCGAGAUCAUUUCGUGAAUAUUUUAGUAUUUAGAACUUCUUUCAUCACACUAGAAUCUCACGUAAGAUUAAAUGUUAACGUAUUAUUUUCUUAAAUCAGUGUGUUCACUGAAAAGCAAUGAAGAGUAUGCAGUAGCAGUUAUAAGUCUAGCACUCAGCAUUCAAGCACCGACAUCUCUCUGGAAGAAGCCAGUUAAUAAUAAAUUCUUUCGAUCAGUGAUAUUAAACUGGAAAUAUUUGCUGUGAAGAAAAAGCUUAAAAAGUGAAAUAGUGUAAUAUGUGAUCUUUUAGAAAUCUCUAAUUUGACUUUGUAAAAUAAAAUGAAAAAAACGCGAAUAUUCACUAAUUCUCAAUAAAAUCCUGCAUUAUUGUUUUUACUCCAGAGAGUAGUGAAAAAUUAAACAUUUCGAUCAUCACAAAUGUUUGCAGUAACAAACACUACAAAGCUCACUUCUUUCGGGAUAGACAGUGAGCAUUUUAAAUCUGUAGUGAUGAUAUCUAAAACUAGGAACGCCGAAUGCAGAAAGAAACAUCUUCGCAAUGAUGAGAAUGAUCCCAGAACCUUGUGUCUUAUGCGAAUUAAAGGAUUUCCGCGAUUAUUACCCGAAGGCAUCCUGACUUUGGCUAACUAUUCCCGAUGGCUUCGCGAAUUAUCUUUAUCAUACGCCCUACUGAGCGACGAACUACUUCUAGCGUUAUGUUCGGUAAAGCAAAUUUGUUUAGAAAUUUUGCGAGUGGAGGUGUAUCCGGAAGCGAAGCCUCUUCCACGUAUCAGCGACGAAGCGUGGUCUGCAUUUUCGAAUCACUUGCCCGAUGUAAAUCUCGCGCUACUAUCUUACAUUAUUGACGAUGACGAUCAAAAAUUACUUUUCACAUCGCACAUCCCCGUAACGCACUUGUAUCUCGGUGACGCAACGUCAGAAUUGAUAAUGUCACGGAUAAGCAAACAGUGUCCACGAUUGAUAGAAUUAGUUAUCGCUGCGUAUGGAUCCGGUCCAAUCGAUCGAUUCUUGAUUUCCAUGGCUAAGGAUUGCACACAUCUCAGCGCCGUCGGUUUAGGCGAUUGCGAGAUUACCUGUUCUGGAUUAGCGAAAUUUGUUACGUUAUGCGCUAAUCGUCUGCAGGCACUGUACAUUUCGGAAACGUCGCUGAUAGAAGAUGAAGAUUUCGAUAUUGCUAAAGUAUCGACGAAUUUAUCUUCACUCCUUGGUUGGACAUGGGUGCCAGAAUACGUACCAUUGUGGUAAUUUCCUGAGAAAUGAAAAAGACCGAAAUUUACAGCCAUAACAGGAUACAUGAUGAAAUAAAAUGUUCACGACGUAUUUUUCUAUUUUUUUCAUAGAUUACA